CACUCUCUAUAUUCUUUAGAGUAAAGCCUUACUCUAAAGAAUGAAAAAGAAUUCAAUUUUCAAUCUUUAAAAGUGAAAUUCUAUUCUUCAGGAGUGCAUUCCAAAACUCGACUCUGUCAACUCCGAGUAUCAUCCUUUAACACUCUGUGAACAACAGGUCUGUUUUUUGUGGCUAAACUAGUGUACACUUUUGGAUUUAGAUACAUGUUUAAUAUUUGGCGAAAGCGAAAAAGAGAGCAUCUAAUGCAGUCUAAUGCAGAAAUAAAAAACAAUACCUAAGUAGUAUAAGAUGAUACUCUGUGACAGGGUUAAAUUUUGGAACAUUCAGAGUGACAAUUCAGGUAAACAUUUCAGAGAGUAAAGGAUUAAGAGCUCAAAUGUGCCGCCUCGCUCCGCGAAAAUGAAGCCGAGGAAGACGUGUCCUUCCGCAUUCGUCCGAUUCGUCGUCGAGGCGCGACGUCGCGCGGCGCCGAGCGACGAGAGGACGAUGCGCGCGGUAAUACGUUUGUUUAACGGAUUCCAAUGGAAAACACUUCAAAGGUCCGGUGGUCCUCGGUGGCAUGUUGACAAUCACGUGAAUUUGCAAGCAGCACGUUGGGUGACGUCCACAACUACACCAAAAGACGCAGUUCGAUCGAAAAUUAUGGAUACAAGAAUACAGUAUCCUGAGGCGCGCAGGGAUGAGAGUGUCGUCGAUGAUUAUCACGGCGUUAAGAUAAGUGAUCCUUAUAGAUGGCUGGAAGAUCCAGACUCACCAGAAACAAAAGCUUUUGUUGAUGCUCAAAACGCUAUUACUAAACCGUAUCUAACUGCGUGUAAAGCUCGCGACGAUAUUCAUGAUCGUUUGAAGCAAUUAUGGGAUUUUCCAAAGUACUCGUGUCCUGCCAAGCAUGGUGAAAAAUAUUACUUUUACAAAAAUUCUGGUUUGCAAAACCAAAGUGUCUUAUACGUACAAGAUACCCUUGAAAGUGAACCAAAAGUAUUUCUUGAUCCUAAUACUUUUUCCGAGGAUGGAACUGUUGCAAUUACCAGUAGUAGUUUUACUGAAGAUGGUAGCAUUUUCGCAUAUGGAUUAUCUAAAAGUGGUUCUGACUGGAGGACUAUUCAUUUCCUGAAUGCACAUACUGGUGAAAAGUACUCAGAAAUUUUGGAAAAAGUCAAGUUUUCAUCGAUUACAUGGACUCAUGAUAACCGUGGUAUUUUUUACGGACAAUAUCGAGAUCAGCAAGGAAAAACUGACGGUUCAGAAACGUUAGGUAAUGAAAAUCAAAAAUUAUGCUACCACGUUGUUGGUACAUCACAAUCAGAUGAUGUGGUCGCAGUUGAAUUUCCUGAAGAACCUUUGUGGAGGAUAUUUUACGUGACCAAUAUUGAUAGUAAAGCUGUAUUCCGCACAAAUAAAAAUGCACCUAAUUACAAAUUAAUAGCUAUAGAUUUAUUGGAUUACGAACAACACAAAUGGGUUGAUCUUUUGCCAGAACAUCCUGAGAAUGUACUAGAUUGGGCUGAAGCUGUGGAUGGAGACAAAUUUGUUGCCUGUUAUAUACAAGAUGUUAAGAACAUUUUGCAACUGCAUUGCUUGAACACUGGUAAAGUUCUUAGAUCAUUUCCUCUUGAUCUUGGUACUGUUGUUGGAUUCUCGGGAGAGAAGAAAUAUUCUGAGAUAUUUUAUCAGUUUACAUCAUUCCUAACCCCGGGCAUUAUAUACACAAUCGAUUUAAAAAAAGAAGAGGAGCCACGUAUCUUGCGAGAAAUCAAAGUGAAAGAUUUUGAUGCAAGUUUAUACAAAACUAGUCAAAUAUUUUAUAAAAGCAAGGAUAGUACAAAAGUACCCAUGUUUAUAGUAACAAGAAAUGAUGCUACAUUAGAUGGAACUAUGCCAGGCUUACUUUAUGGAUACGGUGGUUUUAAUGCAAGUAUUCAACCUACGUUCAGUGUUACAAGACUUGUCUUUAUUCAACAUUUUAAUGGAGUACUUGCAGUUGCUAAUGUUCGUGGAGGAGGUGAAUACGGAGAAAGAUGGCACAAUGCAGGACGUUUUUUUAACAGGCAAAAUGCAUUUGAUGAUUUUCAAUAUGCAGCAAAAUAUCUUGUAGAAAAUGGAUAUACUACCUCUGCGAAAUUGACGAUUCAAGGUGGCAGUAACGGUGGUCUGGCUGUUGGUGUAUGUGUAAAUCAAAGACCUGAUCUAUUCGGUGCUGCCAUAGCUCAAGUGGGAGUUAUGGAUAUGUUACGUUUUCAUAAGUUUACUAUCGGUUCUGCUUGGGUCUCGGAUUAUGGCAAUCCCGAUGAUCCCAAGCAUUUCGAGAACUUGUUGAAAUAUUCACCUUUACAUAAUGUAAGGAUACCACAAGAUGAUAUACAAUAUCCUGCGAUGUUGCUUUUGACUGCUGAUCACGAUGACCGUGUCGUACCUUUGCAUACUCUUAAAUUAACAGCUACUCUUCAAUAUACACUUGGAAAUGUGUCAAAACAGAAAAAUCCUUUAUUUGCAAAAAUAGAUACCAAGGCAGGUCAUGGCAGUGGAAAACCAACUAUGAAAAUGAUUGAAGAGAGUACUGACAUUUUAUCAUUUAUUGCGCAAUCCUUGGGCUUGGAAUUCAAAUUGUAAUUAAUGCUUAAAAAAGUCUAAAACUCAACAGAUUUUGCAUAAAAUCCAAAAUCAAUGGAUUGUAAUGUGAUGUAACUAAACGCGCUAAUACGAUUAUCACGUAUAUUGCAACAUCAAGUAUGCUUUGAUUGCAAGUUCUUUUAUAAUAAAUGUUUUUUAUGGAAUAAAAAAGUAAGUAAAUUUGUAUCUUACGACAGUGUUUAUAUAAUAUGUAUUUUUCUUUUAUUUAAAGUGUAAUAAGCAUAUAAUCGAGCAUUGAGAAACAUUGAAUGAAGUGCUAGAUGUCUGUUUUAAGAUAAUAUUAAAAAAAUAUAUGUAAUAAUUAGCUACCUUUUACUAAAACGUUAAUCUCUCUACAAAAAUGUCUCCAUAUUUUUUAUUUGUUAUACAAGAAGAAAAUAAA